AUGGCCACCAUUGAUAACCAUCAAAUCAUAGUUUCUAAAAUAGCCAUUAUAGGGGCUGGUGUAAGCGGCAUAGCUGCCACCAAACAACUAUCCCAUCACAACCCUCUUGUUUUUGAGGCCUCUGAUUCCAUUGGUGGGGUGUGGAGGCACUGCUGCUACAACUCCACUAAGCUUCAGUCACACAGACGUGACUAUGAGUUCAGUGAUUUCCCUUGGCCCCGAAGAGACAACUCAGAUUUCCCUACCCACAUGGAGAUUUUGGAGUAUUUGCAUUCCUAUGCUGAACACUUUGAUGUGAUUAAGAACAUCAGAUUCAACUCCAAGGUGGUGGAAAUUCGGCAUGUUGGGGACCAUGAUGGUUCUUCCAAUUUUGGAGGUUUACCUAGUGAUCAUGGAACCCCUCUCCCUGGUUACCCUCUAUGGCAACUUGCUGUCAAGACCAAUCAUUCAGACAUCAUUCAGUGGUACGGGUUUGAGUUUGUGGUGGUUUGCACUGGAAAAUAUGGUGACAUACCAGAGAUUCCAGAUUUUGCAUGCAAUAGAGGCCCUGAAGUGUUCAAUGGUAGGGUUCUGCACACACUUGAUUACUGUAAACUUGACCAACACUCUGCUACUAAGCUUCUCAAAGGAAAAAAAGUUGUGGUUAUUGGCUUCAAAAAGUCUGCUAUUGAUUUAGCCAUGGAGUGUGCUAAGGCAAACCAAGGUCAACUCAAUGAAAUCAAGUACUCAAUUAUAAUGAAUAAAUUGGUUGUUGAAGGAGCUGAAGGACAGGCAUGCACCAUGGUUAGGAGUGGAGUUUCGAAGUUUAUGGAGUCCUACCUGCUCUGGAAACUCCCAUUGGAGAAGUAUGGGCUUAAACCAGAGCACCCCUUUGAGGAGGAUUAUGCAUCUUGUCAAAUGGCUAUCGUGCCAGAAAAUUUCUUCUCUGAGGCUGAUAAGGGAAAAAUUGUGUUCAAAAGAGCAUCAAAUUGGUCCUUCUGGAGUGGGGGAAUUGAAUUUGAUGACAACUCUAAACUUGAGGCUGAUGUUGUGGUUCUUGCAACAGGUUUUGAUGGCAAGAAAAAGCUCAAAAAUAUCUUACCACAUCCUUUCAACAGCUUAUUAGAUUACCCAUCUGGGGUUAUUCCCUUAUAUAGGGGAACCAUCCAUCCAUUGAUUCCAAACAUGGCUUUUGUGGGUUAUAUUGAGAGUGUGUCAAAUCUUGCAACUUCAGAAAUUCGUUCCAUGUGGCUCUCUGCAUUAUUAGAUAACAAGUUUGAGCUCCCUGGUGUUGAGAAGAUGCUUUCACACACAGUUAAGGAGAUGGAGGUUAUGAAAAAGUCAACUAGGUUUUAUAAAAGGCAUUGCAUUUCAACUUACAGCAUCAACCAUAGUGAUGAACUGUGUGAAGAUAUUGGUUGGAGUUCCUGGAGGAAGAAGAACUGGAUCACAGAAGCUUUCAGCCCUUAUAGCAGUGAAGAUUAUAGGAAAGAAGAUUAA